UCAAAAAAUGGUAACCGAAGGUCACAUGCGAAUGUUUGCUAGUCUUCUUGCUGCAUGCGGCUUUAUCUACACAGUCAAUUAUUUAAUUAAAUUAGACAAUAGAAGUAUAGAAACAGACCCUAUUCCAGCUGCUUCUUGGAAAUCCUAUGUUGAAAUUAUGAAAAAAAUGGGGAAAGAACCUUAA